AUGGCUGCAGACAAGAGUCUCCAAGUUGUUCGCUCACUUGAACACGAGCAUUUUCUUGAUUUGGGAGAUGAAGAUACAAAGGCAAGGGAAAAUGAUUCAGUUCGUGUCGAUGGAAUCCUCCGGCAGACGGAGCUCUUCACACCCGUUGAUCUACUCGGAACCACAACACUCGAGUACAGCAAGAUAACAAAUGCCGCAUUUUCGGUGACCAGUAAUAUGGCCAUGAACAAGACAGAGAGUAAAACUAGGCUCAAGUCAGUAGCCAAAACGAAUAAUGGAGCAUUGAGAAUGACUUCAGUAGAAACUCCUACAUACUUCAAUACUCCCAAUGGAUAUCCGGAGAAAGUUGGGAACAGUAAGAAGGGAGAAGUGAGAACACUAACUCCCAGAUCUAGGAUGACACUCCAAAAAAGCAGAUUGAACAUGCUCCAUUUCACUGAUUUCAUCGAGUCAGGAGUCUUGUAUAAGAUACAGUAUACUCCGAGGAUGUGA